CAUGUGCAUGCAAACAUGUCCAGAGCUGGGGUCUACUUGUGGGGUUCUUUGGGACAUGUCCCAGCCAAUGCCUGCUCUGACCAGAGGGUGUAUCCACAUGGUUCAGGUGGUUGAGUAUUUUGCACACCCCCAGCACAUGUAUAACUCAUUCCCCCCAUGUCUCCACAGCCUGACCUCGUACAAGGACCCAAUGCCCAACCCCAGGCCAUCCAAGCCCUUGGCCCCUUCCUUGGUGCUCAGCCCAUCCCCAGGACCCUCACCCAGCUGGAGGGCUAUACCCAAGGCCUCAGACCAGCUGGGGGCCAAGAGCCCGGGGGCAACCUUCCAGGGCCGGGACCUCCGAGGCGGGACCCAUGCCGCCUCCUCCUGCUUGAACCCCAUGCCACCAUCACAGCUGCAGGUGCCUACAGUGCCCCUCGUCAUGGUGGCACCCUCUGGAGCACGGCUGGGUCCCUCGCCCCACUUGCAGGCGCUCCUCCAGGACAGGCCACACUUCAUGCACCAGCUCUCAACAGUGGAUGCCCAUGCCCGGACCCCUGUGCUGCAGGUGCGCCCACUGGACAGCCCAGCUAUGCUCAGCCUCCCACCACCCACCACCGCCACUGGGGUCUUCUCUCUCAAGGCCCGGCCGGGCCUGCCACCUGGGAUCAACGUGGCCAGCCUGGAGUGGGUGUCCAGGGAACCAGCACUGCUCUGCACCUUCCCAAGCCCUGGUGCACCCAGGAAAGACAGGUCAGUGGGCAAGGCUGGGAAAGACCCUUGCCUUGCCAGGCCCUCCUCUAACACUCUCUGUCCCCCCAGCACCCUUUCGACUGUGCCCCAGGGCCCCUACUCACUGCUGGCAAAUGGUGUCUGCAAGUGGCCCGGAUGUGAGAAGGUCUUCGAGGAGCCAGAGGACUUCCUCAAGCACUGCCAGGCAGACCAUCUCCUGGAUGAGAAGGGCAGGGCGCAGUGUCUCCUCCAGAGGGAGGUGGUGCAGUCUCUGGAGCAGCAGCUGGUGCUGGAGAAGGAGAAGCUGGGCGCUAUGCAGGCCCACCUGGCUGGGAAGGUGGCCCUGACCAAGGCUCCAUCCAUGGUAUCAUCUGACAAGGGCUCCUGCUGCAUUGUAGCUGCUGGCACCCCGGGCGCCACCGUUCCAGCCUGGCCCAGCCCCCAGGAGGGCCCCAGUGGCCUAUUUGCUGUGCGGAGGCACCUCUGGGGCAGCCAUGGACAUAGCACUUUCCCAGAAUUCUUCCACAACAUGGACUACUUCAAGUUCCACAACAUGCGGCCCCCGUUCACCUAUGCCACCCUCAUCCGCUGGGCCAUCCUGGAGGCUCCUGAGAAGCAGCGGACACUCAACGAGAUCUAUCACUGGUUUACGCACAUGUUUGCCUUCUUCAGAAACCACCCUGCCACCUGGAAGAAUGCCAUCCGCCACAACCUGAGCUUGCACAAGUGCUUCGUGCGGGUGGAGAGUGAAAAAGGGGCUGUGUGGACCGUGGAUGAGUUUGAGUUCCGCAAGAAGAGAAGCCAGAGGCCUAGCAGGUGUUCCAACCCCCUACCUGGCCCCUGACCCAAAACCAAGGAAAGAAGGAAGGACAGGGGCCAAAAUGCAGGGCAGAAGUGGCCAGGACAGGGGUCAUAGGCCCUGGACAUGUCUGCAGGGACCAAGAAGUAUGUGCACUGUCUUGUCUGUCAGGGACCCUACUACCAAGCUGACUACCCCCUGGAUUAUAUGCUCUGCACCAAGGCUGCUUAGAGGGGCCCCAGCCCUGUAACCCUACCCCAGCCCCCCACAACAGGCUCUCCAGGCAAACUGAGCCUUCACAAUCAACCACACACACAGCCUGCCUCAGUCACUCACAGACAACCUUGGGCUGGAAGAAACACAGAUGGUCACAAUUCUGUCCCUUGGACUCCAUACAAACCCCUAAAUACAAAGAGCUUGUCUCAGUACACUCAGACAACCACAAAUCUGCACAGUCACACAGAUAAUCACACCCAAGUAGUCCUGUCAACCCACAUACCCCGAAGCACGCACACACCCACAGUCAGCCUCGGGGCCCCUAGGUGCAGUGUUACAGGGGAGUGCCUAUACUCCCACCCAGCAGCAGCUUUAGAGCCUUCAGGGUCUCAGGUCCUAGAAAGCCACACAGACACACCAGUCACAUACUGUCUCACGCAGCUCCUCACACAUACACUUGGUCAUACAGCCUAUUAGAAUUCACCUGUACAC